AGGAAGGAGGGAACGACAGCCCGCUACCUGCCCAGUCCCCGAAGCGAAGCGUGAGGAGGCAGCGAGCCAAGCCGGGCCGAUCCCACAACUUUGCAGCCGUGGGGAGGGUGAGAGCCGGUGUCCGGGCUUCCUCUUCUCGGCGAGCCGAGAUCGGAAUGUAAUCAAGGAUGCUGGCCCUGAGGCUGCUCAACGUGGUGGCCCCCGCCUACUUCCUGUGCAUCUCCCUGGUCACCUUCGUGCUGCAGCUCUUUCUCUUCCUGCCCAGCAUGCGUGAGGACCCCGCGGCCACCCGUCUCUUGUCGCCAGCCCUCCUGCAUGGGGCGCUCUUCCUGUUUCUCUCUGCCAACGCUUUGGGCAAUUACGUCCUGGUCAUCCAGAACUCUCCGGAUGACCUGGGGGCCUGCCAGGGGUCGUCGGCCAGGAGGGCUUUGUGUCCCCCGCCCAGCACCCACUUCUGCCGAGUGUGCGCCCGAGUCACACUGAGGCACGAUCACCACUGUUUCUUCACCGGCAACUGCAUCGGCAGCAGGAACAUGCGCAACUUCGUCCUCUUCUGCCUCUACACCUCCCUUGCCUGCCUCUACUCCAUGGUGGCUGGUGUGGCCUACAUCUCCGCUGUCCUCUCCAUCUCCUUCGCCCAUCCCCUGGCCUUCCUCACCCUCCUGCCCACCUCCAUCAGCCAGUUCUUCUCCGGAGCUGUCCUCGGUUCUGACAUGUUCGUCAUCCUCAUGCUCUACCUCUGGUUUGCCGUGGGCCUGGCCUGCGCCGGCUUCUGCUGCCACCAGCUGCUGCUGAUCCUCCGGGGCCAGACACGCCACCAGGUUCGAAAGGGGGUGGCAGUGAGGGCCCAGCCCUGGCGCAAGAACUUACAGGAGGUCUUCGGGAAGAGGUGGCUGCUGGGCCUGUUGGUCCCCAUGUUCAAUGUCGGAAGUGAGGGCUCUAAGCCGCAGGACAAGUAGUAGGCAGGUGCUGAGUCAUUUCCCUCUCUGAGUCUCAGUUUCUCCUGAACAUAAGGCCAUAACACUCUGGUUACCACCCCUGACCCACUACAGCCUGGGGCCAGGAGAGUCACACACCCAGCCCUGGUCUUCCACCCCGCAUGGAAGAACUUCAUGUAAGAUGGGGAGGACAGUUGGCCACCCGGGCCUGGCUAGUCUCAGCAGCCAGUUGGGUGGCUUCUGCUCUUGUCUCUUCUCCCUGGGAAGCCUUCUUCCCCUCUUCGCGGCCCUCCCACUUCCUGCCACCUCUUGUGUAGUCCCUGCUGUGUGCUGGCACACUUCCCCUCAUGUGGAGAGUGAGCAGUGGAUUCUCCCUGCUGCUGAGGCUCCCCAGCACCUGGAGGCUGGCAAAUGCUUAACAUCACCACGUGUGAGAGGCAGCCAAGUCCCUCUGCCACGGAAGGUUCUUGUCCCUCUGAGGGACUGUGGGUACUGAGGGGGAAAAGAGCCCAGGAGCUUGCUGCCCACCCACCAGGUUCAAGGUCCUUUCUCUGGACAUGGCAGCCAGUGGCUGGCAUUUCCAGAUGCUAUUCCCUGUCCAGCCAGGCUUCACUGGCCCUGGCUGGACACCUCCUUUCCCUGGCUCUCUUCCAACUUUUCUCUUUGGUUUCCAGCCUCUGGAUUUUUGCCAGAUGUUGGGAAGGAAAGAAUGAAAAGAGAGGGAAAGGGGAGCCACCCAAAAGUGAGGGAGGCGUGUGACUGUAAUGCUGGGCAACUGUACAGAAGACUGUGUGUGUGUGUGUGUGCGAGAGAGAGAGAGAGAGAGAGAGAGAGAGAGAGAGAGAGAGACAGAGAGAGACAGAGAGAGGGAGGGAGGGAGAGAGAGAGCGAGCCUGCCUUGGCAUUCUAGAAGCUAAAGCUGUUCAGUGCUUCAGUGGCUACCUGGGAGGUAAUGAGUGCUCCACCACUGGAAAUAUUUCACAGGAUCUUGGCACUUGUUUGCCAGGCAUGCUGUGCAAGGGAUUUUGUACAAGGUUGUUCCAGAAGUGUGGAGAUUCCUUCCCACUCUAAGACUGUGGUGUCCUCUUAUGCUGCUGGGCCUGGGGGCAGAUCUGCAGAGAUGACUGUGGGUUAUUUGUGUUCAUGGAGAGUAGGGUGGCCAUGGGAGGGGUGUGAAAAUUGUGAUGCAAAUGUUUGAGCCCAACCCCAGUUACUAAGGAGAGGACUACCUAGAUGUCAAUAGUAGUUGAAAGGGGGGAUUUAACUCAGCAGCAUAAGUGCCUGCCUGGUAAGCACUAGGUUGUGAGUUCAAUCCCCAGUACCAAAAAAAAAAAAAAAAAAAAAAAAAAAGUAGUUGAAAGGGCUGGGAUUGGGGACAGGGAGACAGAAGAGUGUUGGGAUUGGGUGGGGGAAGACGUGGGGAGGGAAAAGCCAGAUCGUGCUCAACUCAAAGACAGGAGGUGGGGGAGUGAAGGCUAGAGGCGGGAAUGACCAGAACACAAGAGAGCACUUGCCAGACCGUCCCUGCUUCCCUGGCUGGCUCUGGAUGGAUGCACUGCUAUGUGUACUGGGACCCAGAGAAGCAGCCUGUGAGGGGGUGGGACAAUGCAAGUGCCCCUCCCGACUGGGUCGGAGGCCAAUCUGACUUCCAUACAAGCAGCUGGGCUGCAGCCUUCACCCUGAAUCGUCCAGUGGAUGGGCACAGUGACUCCAACCGCACAACACCAUCAAUUCUUGGGUAGAGAUCAGGUGGACUUCACCCAGGUCCUGUCUUCAAUUCCCUCCAGAGGGCCGAUGCUGUGAUGGUUUAACUGCUCACACUUCCCCCUCCUUCCCAUGUCCACUCUUUCAGUCAUCCAUUUGUUCAUUCUACAUAUAUUUAUCAAGUACCAACUAUGUGCUAAGUUUCAGGCACUAGAAAUACAGUGGUGAACAGGACAAUGAGAUCCCUGCCAUCAGGAGCAUCUUUCCACUGGCCCCUGUGUGCACUGAAUCCUAUCCUUCGACAAAUGAUCAUUCUGCCUUCUUGGUGGUUCCUCACUUGGAGAGGAAGGAUGUGGCAGGGAGGGCUGAUGGGGACCCCACGCUUGCUCAGUGGAAGAGCUUGGAGGCCAGUUCUGCCAUGUCCAGAGACUGCACCAUGAGGUCUGACAUGGUGGGGCAGGGGAGGAUACUAGUCCCUAGGGGUGACUGCAGAGGAGGUUCCCAGCUGUGAGACUUGGGUACCAUUUGUGCACAUGGCCCUGUAUGUACUGUUGAUGAAAAAAAUCAAUAAAAUGUGUGGUUUUAA